AUGACUUCGAUUGAAAAGAUCAACACACCCAAGAAUGCAGACCACUCCCAUAUCCUUUCACACGCUGUAAAAGUCCCUGGUCUCAUCUUCUGCAGCGGUUCCACGCCACACGACGAGAAUCGUGCUCUCGUACCAGGUGGGAUUGCAGAGCAUACUGAACAAGUAAUCAAGAACUUGACCAACGUACUUGAGGCGGCGGGGAGCAGCUGGGAAAAGGUCGUCAAAGUCAACGUCUAUCUCAAGAAUAUGGACGACUUUGCUGCUAUGAAUGCAGUUUAUGAGCGCCUCCUCCCGUCACCCAAGCCGGCCCGUACGUGUAUUCAAGCAGCCAAACUCCCAGGAGAUGUAGAUGUAGAAAUCGAGUGCAUCGCAGCAGUGUAA